AUGGCGUUGGAAUCAAAACCAAACCCACUGGAAGAAGAACACCGAGACGAAGACGUUGAAGAAGAAGAAGAAGUCGAUCAUGAUGACGAUGAACUUGCCCGCAACCCUUCUGCACCGCCCGAUUAUGAGUUUUUUGAAAUUACAACAACAGUUGAUCCUAGUUACAUCAUCUCUUUGAUUCGGAAACUUAUUCCUAUCGAUUCCGUGACCAAUCGUGAUUCUCAUGGAGUUAACGGUUGUGAAGAUGGCGGCCGUGGUGAUGGAGGAUUGGAUCCGAAUCAAACGGUGGAAGAGAGUGGAAAUGAGUGUGAGAAAAUGGAUAUUGGUGAUGAUAGUCGAGGAGGAGAAGAUAAGGACACGUGUCGUGAGUUGGUAGGAGAGGAGGUUUGGGAAGAGUGUGGUUGCGUUUUGUGGGAUCUUGCGGCUAGUAGAACUCAUGCUGAACUUAUGGUGCAAAACCUUGUGCUUGAAGUGCUUAUGGCUAACCUUAUGGUUUCACAAUCAGCGCGUGUUACGGAAAUAUGCCUUGGCAUUAUUGGAAACCUAGCCUGCCAUGAAGCCCCAAUGCAGCAUAUAGUCUCUUCAAAUGGGCUGAUUACAACAAUUGUGGAUCAAUUGUUUUUAGACGACACUCAAUGCCUGGCUGAAGCUUGUAGGUUGUUAACUUUGGGUCUUCAAGGCAAUGAAUGUAGUCCCUGGGCUGAGGCAGUGCAGUCUGAACACAUUCUUUCUCGUAUUAUAUGGAUUGCUGAAAAUACCUUAAAUCCACAGCUUUUGGAGAAGAUUGUAGGACUGAUACUAGCCACCCUUGAAAGUCAACAGGAAGCUUCAUGUACCCUUGUUCCAUCCUUGAUGAAGCUGGGUUUACCAAGUCUGUUGAUCAACCUCUUGGAUUUUGAAAUAAGCAGAUUAACAGGAGAGAGAGUACCUGAAAGGUACUCUGUUCUUGAUGUAAUUCUUCGUGCAAUUGAAGCUCUUUCUGUUUUGGAUGGCCAUUCCCAAGACAUCUGCUCUAAUAAGAAACUUAUCCAACUAGUUUGUGGCCUGGUCAAACUCCCAGAUAAAGCUGAGGUUGCCAGCUCCUGUGUUACUGUUGCUGUUUUAAUUGCAAACAUUCUGUCUGAUGUGCCUGAUAUAGCUUCAGAGAUGUCACAGGAUUUGCAAUUCUUACAGGGACUGCUCGAGGUAUUUCCUUUGGCUUCAGAUGAUGUGGAAGCAAGAAGUGCUCUCUGGAGCAUUAUUGCAAGGUUACUCGUUCAAGUUAGAGAAAAUGACAUGAGUCUGUCAAGCCUGCAUCAGUAUGUGUUGGUUCUAGCAAGCAAAUCUGAGAUUAUUGAAGAUGAUCUUCUCAACCAACAAUUAGAUAAUUCCCGUGAAGAAACCAAGGACUUGAUCAGUUCUAGCUCAAAAUCAAAUACUAGAAGUACAGCGCUCGGAAGAAUAGUCAGUAUUUUAAACCAAUGGACUGCUUCAAAGGCUUGUCUUAAUGGGGGUGAUGUCACAGGAGAAUAUGCUGCAGAUGAUUUAAAUAUUGGGAGAUUGCUAGAUUGCUGCCGAAAACAUAUUGAAUUCACCAAGUAA